AUGUCCCGGCGCACCAUAGGCGGAGGGAGAGUCCUAGGAAGCGGUAGGACUCUUGGACCGCCUGUUCCUCCACCAAAGCCGACCUCCCCUCUACCGUCGCACGUCCUUUCGCCUUCUGACUCGACUCUGUCAUUGAAUACAUCCGAGAGUGAACCGUCUACGCCUCCUUCAUCAGAUCCUCAAGACAUCGCCGCUCGAGUCUCGCUAGACCAUGGCGGGCCAGAUCUUUCCGCUGCGGCCGUGGCUGCAGGCGACCGUCUGGUCUGUCCUAUCUGCAAUGAAGAGAUGGUCACACUGUUACAGUUAAACCGACACUUGGACGAUGUACAUAAGGAGAUUGAAGAGGAACAACAAGAUGAAGUGAAAGAUUGGUUCAAACAACAAAUGGUCAAGGCGAAGAAAUUCCAGCCGUUGGCUGUUUUGAACCAGAAACUCAAGGGCUUGGAUGUGUUCGAAUCCAAUCACGAUAUGGCUCGGAGCAGUACGCCUCUCCCUAGGAUCGAUUCCAUCGCAAGGGAAAGUGUUCCUCCUCCUACUCCGCCGAAGCCGACUCCUGCGGUGAUUGACCCGGACGAUGUCAUAACAAAGCAGCAUUGGCAGAAACGAACCGGAUACGAUGUAUGCUCAGAUCCUUCAUGUGGGAAGAGAUUAGGCGCAGGAACCGGCGUUGUGAAUUGCCGGCACUGUGGCAAGCUCUUUUGCGACGAGCAUACCAUGUAUCAAAUGAAAUUGUCAAGGUCUGCCCAGCAUGAACCCGUUCGAGGACUAUGGUAUCGGGUAUGUGAAACGUGCUAUAAGAGCCGCGAAGGCUACAUGGACAGGCACGGUCUUGAACGAAAUCGGAUGGAAGACUUCGAGAGUGUCAGGCGGAAGAAGCUCAGUCAUCAGGAAAUGGAGGUCUCCAGACUUGAGAAGAGACUCUCCAGGUUAACACAACUACUUGCAAAUCCACCUGAAGAAGUAGUACAGCCUUCAACGAAUAAGAGAUGGUCGCUGAACUGGGGCCAGAACGAUCCUCGAAAAGCCCUCGAGCAGAGUAUCGUCGUUUGGCAGAAUGACACCGAUGUCCUUCGAUGUCCGUACUGCCAGCAGGAUUUCACGCAGUACACAUUUCGACGGCAUCACUGUCGGACAUGUGGGAAAGUUGUUUGUGGAGAUCCCGUUACUGGCUGCUCGAUAGUUAUCGGUCUUGAUGUUGCUAAAACUAACCCCCGUCGCUCUACAACAGAAAAGCCGGCCCCGGACAACACUGUCGCUCUCGAUAUCCGCCUGUGCAAGGAAUGCAACCACACGAUCUUCUCGCACCGGGAUUUCCAGACUUCACUGACCUCACCGGCCAUUCAAACAUUCUCCCGAGCAUACAACAACCUCCUACAAUUCGAACGGGGCAUCCGCUUAUUAUUGCCCAAAUUCCAAAAACUUCUCCAGGCACUACAAGAUCCCGACCACCCGCCAUCUUCAUCACAAAUCUCAGACGCAUCACGAACACGGAAGCGUCUAAUGGAUUCAUUUACGCAAUACGACAUCGCCGCCCGGCGGAUGCGUGAUCUACCAAGCCAAUCUCCCACCCAACUCAAGCUACAAAAGGCGAUCUACCAGAACGCCACCCAGUUCUUACACCUGCACAUGCUGCCUUUGAAGUCGCUGCCGAAGGUUCUUAAGCACGCCACCCCCCAUGGCAGUGGUAGUAACAAUCCCAAACUCGACCCUCGCGACCCCCGAUCGUCCCUCGCCGUGCUGAACAACAACCAUGUCCGACACGACAGUUCAUCAAACUUGUCUGUGGUUAGUUUCGCAUCCUCGCGCGUCAGCGAGCUGGAGGCGGAAGAAAAACAAUUGCGCGAGCGACUUAUUGUGCUCGAAGAACAAAAGUUCAUGGUGCAAGAAAUGAUUGCAGACGCCAACAAACGACGCAAAUUUGAUGAAGUUGCCGCUCUGGCUGGCAAUGUGGAGGACCUCAGCACAGAAAUUGAUAGUGUGCAAAAACUCGUAGAUAACUUACGAGGAGAAUUCGACAGCGUCUAUACGGGCGGCGGAGGCUUGGGCAGCGGUGUGAACAGCCCAGUCCGAAGAGUCAGCGACAUGGGCACGAGCCCUCAGUCGUCGACGGGCCACGGAAGGUUGAAGAACGUCCUCACUGCGGGCGAAUGA